GCACCCAGAAGAGCCCGGAAAAGAGCAGAGGGUGGAGCCAGCUCCAACGUCUUCUCCAUGUUCGAUCAGUCCCAGAUCCAGGAGUUUAAAGAGGCUUUCACCAUCAUGGACCAGAACCGGGAUGGCUUCAUAGACAAGGAGGACCUGAGGGACACCUUUGCUGCCCUGGGCCGCAUCAAUGUAAAGAACGAGGAGCUGGAGGCCAUGGUGAAGGAGGCCCCCGGGCCCAUCAACUUCACCGUCUUCCUGACCAUGUUUGGGGAGAAGCUGAAGGGUACGGACCCGGAGGAGACCAUUCUCCACGCCUUCAAGGUGUUCGACACUGAAGGGAAAGGAUUCAUCAAGGCUGAUUUCAUCAAAGAGAAGCUCAUGACGCAGGCAGACCGCUUCAGCGAGGAGGAGAUCAAGCAGAUGUUUGCUGCUUUCCCGCCAGAUGUGUGUGGCAAUCUGGACUAUAGGAACCUGUGUUACGUCAUCACGCAUGGCGAAGAGAAGGAUUAA